AUGGUAUCUCUCACAGAUGUCCAAGCUUCCAACUCUCGGAUCUCCACCUCUCUCCCACCUGGUCUUGUUGCUGUAUUCGUAGGAGGUACCAGUGGAAUUGGCGAAAUAACACUCAAGACAUUCGCAAGGUACACCAAUCAGCCUCGCGCAUACAUCGUUGGCCGAUCCGAGACUGCAGCCGAACGAAUUAUUGCGGAAUGCAGGGUCAUUAAUUCUGAAGGCGAAUAUGUCUUCAUCAAAGCAGAUGUGAGCCUGAUGAAGAACGUGGACAAAGUCUGCGAUGAGAUCAAAGCGAAAGAGAAAGCUGUAAAUCUGCUGUUUUUGAGUGCGGGAUUCCCUAGUCUCGAUGGUGCAGAAACUUCCGAAGGACUGGUCGUGAUGUCAGCAUUGAUGAUCUACUCUCGUGCCAGGUUCAUCAUGGACCUCCUACCAAUUAUCAGAACGGCCCCUUCACUACGGCGCAUCAUCACAGUCGCGGGCGGUGGCCGAGAAGGCCAGAUAUAUCCAGAAGACUACCCAGCUCGGCAUUUGUCGUUCAUCAAAAUGCGCCCGCAUCUCAUCGCCCUGACCACGCUCAGCAUGGAAUCAUUGGCACGAGAUGCGCCAGAGGUUAGCUUCGUUCAUGACUACCCGGGCACGGUCAAAACUCCAUUAAUUGACAACGGUCUUGGAUUCAUUGGUGUGAUUCUGCGUGCUUGGAUUUUUCUCUUCGGCUGGUAUGUCUGUAUCCCGCUUGAGGAAUGUGGUGAGAGACAGUUGUUUUUGGCGACUAGUGCACGGUUUGCGCCCAAAGAGAGGGGGAAGGGCGCUGAUGGUGUGGAGGUGGGAGAUCAAUCUAUCGUCGCCAAGGGCUCAAAUGGCGAGGUGGGAAGCGGUGUGUAUUCUGUGAGCUCAGAUUGUGAAAGUGGGUCUGCGGCGUCUUUGAAGUUUCUGGAGCAAUAUCGAUCGCAAGGACUGGUUGAAGAUGUUGGAAACCACAUUAAUGGAGAGUUCAAGCGGAUCAUGGGGGAAUGA